CUGUGCUCCGGACGCCCGCACCAGGGACCGGCGGUUGAGGAUGACUCUUAGCACCUGAAGAAGAAAGCAAAGCAUGGCUCUAAAGCUUCAUCUACAAAGCGUCUCCGGGCUCAGAGGCCGAGGAGAUCGUCUGGCCAAGGCCACUUUUCGGGGAGUAGCCCACUACACUCAGGUCUGCGAAGGAGUUGAAGAUGAGGCCGUAUUCGAUGACGCAUUCGACUGGCCGGUUGGGAGACCCGUAGAAAAUCACGAGGUCCUGGAAAUUCAGAUUCUCAACAGGAACAAGUACUUCACGAACAGGGUAAUAGGACUGUACGGACUAGUACUGCAACAGCUCGUCGAAGACGGACAUCUUACCAUCUGCGAUGCCAUUGUCGACGAGAACAACAUGCCUGUUGGGGCCAAACUACGCUUCGAGGUGAGCUACACGGCACCAGACGGUUCCGUGGGCACGUGGCACGCACCCAGUUUCCCUUGCGGAGGCGGCCUAGAUGGAAGCUUCGACGACGACCGGCAAGCGUUGCUGGACAUUGAACAAAAUAUCGCUAACCUAGAAAGGCGGACGCGACCACGGAAUGCGGAGCUCAUACCUGGCCGUAACGUGUCGCAGAUCAUGCGUAGUGCGUCGCCAUCUUCCAUGUUCCACGACGAAAACGUGCAGUCGCCGGAUCGGAAACGGUCUCUUCCGGCCACCAUGAAGAGCCUGGCAAACAUGAUGCGGUUAGGGAAACAACGCUUCUCUGCGGACGAGGAAAAACUUUCCCUCAAAGCCGCGGAUUACUGCUACGAAUAUGGUUCAACGCAAUCCCUGACGAGGAGAAUGAGCGACAAUGCGAUAUGCCUCAUAUCUGGGGGUGAUGGUCCGGACCAGAAUAUCAGGAUUACGGACGAGUCUUUCACAAUGGAAACAGCUCCCUAUUCAAUCACCACACCGGUGGUGAUCAGUAAGCCAAAACUACGUCAAGACAUAACUGCAACGUCAGUACUCAAAGCCCAAGACUUCCAAGUAUGCGUCACAGUGAUCGAGGGGAGACACCUAGCGGGACUCAAUAUGGAUCCUGUUGUUUGUGUUCAAGUAGGGGACCAGAAGAAGUACACUUCAGUUAAAGAGUCUACGAACUGUCCUUACUAUAACGAGUACUUUGUGUUUGACUUUCACAUGGCUCCGUCCAUGCUUUUUGACAAAAUCAUCACACUUACGGCACUACAUUCCAGAAACAUUAUAAGGUCCGGAAAAGUAAUCGGAUCGUUUAAGCUUGACGUGGGAACGGUUUUCAACCAAACAGAUCAUCAAUUCUUCCACAAAUGGUCGGUUCUCACGGAUCCGGAUGAUAUCACAGCGGGUCCGAAGGGUUACAUCAAGUGCGACAUCUCUGUCGUAGGGAAAGGAGACACCGUCAAGCCUCCGACGAAACACGAGACCGAUGACGACGACAUUGAAGGAAAUCUCCUUCUGCCAGACGGUGUACCUGCAGAGAGACAACACGCCCGCUUCAUCGUACGCAUCUACAGGGCCGACGGGCUUCCCAGAGUAAAUGCGGGCCUCGUCGCCAAUGUGAAAAAGGCAUUCACGGGCGAAGCGCGCGAACUCAUUGAUCCAUACGUGCAAGUCUCUUUCGCUGGGAUGACGGGACGGACGACUGUGAAGAAGUCAUGCUGCUCUCCCAUAUGGAACGAACAGAUCGUAUUCACGGAAAUGUUUCCACCGCUCUGUCAGAGGAUCAAGAUCCAACUGCGGGAUAACGAUCCGGUCAAUGAUACCGUCGUUGGAACUCACUUCAUCGAGCUUUCAAAAAUAUCCAACGAAGGAGAAAAAGGAUUUCUUCCAACUUUUGGACCAUCGUUCAUCUACCUCUACGGUUCCACACGAGAGAAUUCAUUAUUCGAAGAACACGCACCACUCAACGAUGGUUUGGGUGAAGGAGUCAUGUAUCGGGGGCGCGUCCUAAUGGCCGUUAGGACGGAGAUAUUGGACAUCUUGGACAUGACCCCGUCGAGCGUCGACCUAGAGCUAACUCUACCUGUAACGGAGAGCUCUUACGGGAAGAGCGAAGAAUUUAUGCUGUUCGGGGCCAUUUUAGAAGCUUCCAUGAUCGACCGAAAAGUGGGCGAAAAGCCCAUCUACUUCGAACUCAGCAUAGGAAAUGCUGGCAACAUGAUCGAUGGUGCGAGCAAAGCGAGGGAUGUGUGUUCGGACAGCGACUCCGACUCCGAACACGGUCUUGAGGGCGUCAUUGAAGAUGUCGGCUGCCAAUCCACAACGAAUCCCGUCAGGCCAAUAACUAGUGAUAGAUACUAUUACUAUCUACCGUACGGGGACAACAAGCCAUGCUUGUGGGUUAGGAGUGCCUGGCAAGAUCACAGAAGGAGGCUCUACAAUUCCAACAUCAUACUCAAGAUAAGAGAGAAAUUGGAAGCUGGUCUAGCUGACAUUCAGGAGAUGCUACGACUCGAAAAAUCGCACACAGAUCGAAGACUUCGCGGCGUUUUAGAAGAGCUUUCAAAUGAAUGCAGUCGUUACUUGACAAUCAUGAAGGGCUUGGGAGGAGGUGCAUCAGGAAAGACGAAGCUUGAUAAAGAACGACUCAAGCAUUGUCAAAGAGAACUGGACCACAUCGCUACCAUGUCCCGCACUAUGAAAGCACUGGUCACGAAAAACUGCUUCAAGGAAAAACUGCGAACGACUCAUGGGUUCCUGCAGAAACUUACCGAUCUGGUGGAGGAUCCUCAGCACUCACUGCCCGACGUCUUUGUGUGGAUGAUCAGCGGAGGUAAGAGGGUCGCGUACCAUCGCAUCGCGGCUCGAGACCUCAUUUUCAGCAUUGUUGAAGAAGAGGCGGGAAAAUUCUGUGGAAAGAUGCAGACGCUGUUUUUGAAGCCUGGCAAGAAAGUGAGUCAGACAAGCCGGUGGACCAUACAAGCCAAGCUGCAGAUGUACAUUUGGUUGGGACUGACAAAGCACAAGAAAAACAUUCUGAAAGGACUCCCGAAGGGAUACGAACUCACGCCUGAAGUCAAGAAUAUUGAGAAGGUUCAUAUACCACCCCCGUCUCAGCUACAUUACACCGAAAAAUCGGUGUUCCAGCUGAGGGCGCACAUGUACCAGGCCCGCUCUCUGAUCGGUUCAGAUUCUUCAGGAUUAUCAGACCCUUUCGCCAGGGUUGUCUUCUGCGACCAGAGCUUAACGACACAGGUGAUAGACGAAACGCUUAGUCCUACGUGGGAUGAGAUGUUACUCUUCCCGGAAGUAACAGUCUACGGCUCUAAGGAGGACAUCAAGGAGGACUCUCCUAUGGUAGUGGUGGAGAUCUUUGACCAAGACAAAGUGGGUAAAUCUGAGUUCAUUGGAAGAACCAUCUCUAAGCCUCAUGUGAAGAUUAGCAACGAACCAUAUUCAAAGCCAACGUUUCCACCGAGUCUAGAGUGGCACGAUUUGUACAGAGGCACGGAGCAAGCCGGAGAACUGCUGGCAACCUUCGAACUAUUGCAGUUUUCGGGUUUCGACGAGAAGGAAGACAUACCGGAGAUGCCGUAUCCGAAGGAGAACAUUUGGAGAACGGACAGGGGACCAGUGUUGCCAGUGCCGAAAGGGAUUCGUCCAACGCUUUCGAGAUACAGGAUAGAGGUGUUAUUCUGGGGCCUUCGAGAGCUGAAACGCAUUCACUUAAUGACUGUGGACCGCCCACGAGUCGACAUUGAGUGUGCCGGUCAUGUACUGCAAUCAUCUGUCAUUCUAAACUGCAAGAAGAACCCAAACUUCUCGACGCCGGUCAAGUUCUUUGAUGUGGAACUACCCGACCAAGAAAUGUACUGCCCGCCACUGACCAUCCGGGUCAUCGACUGCAGAAGCUUCGGCCGCUUCACCUUGGUCGGCACGCACGUCGUGAACUCCCUGCACAAGUUCAUGUUCAGGCCGUCCAGCAAGAAAGACAGGAGUGGUUCCAAAACUCUCUCUUCCUUACACAUCGAGGAAGGCGUGCUCGUGGACAUAGAUAACACGGCCAAUAUGUUAGGAGAGAAGGAAACGUUGAUAACGUUAGAUUACGGUUUCAAGAGCAAGAAAGAACAAAAGAGUGAGGCGAAUAGGCGCAAGAAGAAGGUGGCGUCGGACGAGAUGGACAAUGACGAAGAAAACAGGGAUUGGUGGAGCAGAUACUUUGUCUCUGUGGAGCACAUGCUGAAGGAAACUAAAGCAAUGCAAGGGAACCACAUUCGAUCUGGAGAAGACGGUUCCGAAGUCACGUCCAACGAUGACGACAGCCAACUGAGUGCCAAAGAAUACCGAAGAAUGGAGAAAGAGCUGGAGCGGCUAGAAGCCAAUCACCAACGAGACAGCGAAAAGAAGAAGAGAACAUUCAAAAGCGCUUCAAGUGCAGUGAGGUUCGCGCAGAGACUAUCGCCCAAGUCGCAUCCACGAAAAAUGCCAGAGGAUGGUCUUAUUAAGGUCUACAACACAGAGCUUGAAAACGUGCCUGACUUCAGUGGCUUCCGUGAGUGGUUGCACACAUUCGAACUGUAUAGGGGAAAGAGGCUCGGUGACGAAUUAGAUGACCAGAGCCGCAUUGUCGGGCUCUUCAAGGGCUCCCUUCAAGUGUACAAGUACCCUCUUCCUCGGGAUAUCCAAGAGCAUACCAUCACAGGGGCCGAUCCACAAUACGGGCUUUUCCAAGGCUUACCCAAUAACGAUCCUAUUCAUGUCCUGGUCAGGAUCUACGUUGUGAAGGCUACCGACCUGCAUCCAGCGGACAUGAAUGGCAAAGCGGAUCCUUAUAUCAUCAUCAAUCUGGGCAGCCGACGCAAUAGUGAUAAGGAGAACUAUAUCUCGAAGCAGCUGAAUCCUGUGUUCGGGAAAUGCUUCGAAUUCGAGGCGACAUUUCCUCAGGACUCUCUGCUCAACGUACAAAUUUACGACUGGGAUCUCCUAGGAAGCGACGAUCUCAUCGGCGAAACGAAAAUUGAUCUUGAGAACAGGUUUUACAGCAGACAUCGCGCGACUUGCGGAAUUCCUCAGAGAUACGAAACGUACGGGCCGAACCAGUGGCGUGACCCCCUCAAGCCUAGCCAGGUUCUGAUGAAGAUGUGUAAGGAUGCCAAGCUGGAUGGACCCCACUUCAUGCAGAACCGAGUCCGUCUGGGCUCGAAAGUGUUCACGUUUAGAAGCGAAGUCGACGAAGAAGACAACAAACUGACAGAUGAACACCAGAGCCUAGCCAUUCUCAACCGAUGGGAAGAAAUUCCCAAAGUGGGCUGCAAACUGGUUCCAGAACACGUGGAGACCAGGGCACUAUACCACCCAGACAAACCAGGCAUCGAACAGGGAAAGCUGGAAAUGUGGGUGGACAUGUUUCCGAUGGACAUGCCUCUCCCUGGGCCUCCUACGGAUAUUUCUCCGAGGAAGCCUAAAAGCUACGAACUCCGUGUGAUCAUUUGGAACACGGACGACGUGGUUCUUGAGGACGACGCAUUCUUCACCGGAGAAAAAAUGAGUGACAUUUAUGUGAAAGGUUGGCUAAAGGGGCAGGAAGACACUCAGUGCACAGAUAUUCACUACAGGUCUUUGACGGGCGAAGGAAAUUUCAACUGGCGUUUUAUCUUCCCUUUUGACUACCUCCCUGCGGAAGAAAAGAUCGUCAUCUCUCGGAAGGAAUCCCUCUUCUCGUGGGAUGAGACAGAAUGCAAGAUCCCUGCACGUCUAGAGCUCCAGGUCUGGGAUGCUGACCACUUUUCGGCGGAUGAUUUCCUAGGAGCCAUCACGUUAGACCUGAACCGUUUUCCUCGUGGUGCCAAGUCAUCCAAGUUGUGCAGCCUCGAUAUGCUGAAGGCUGAGUGUAACGUCCCAAUGGUGUCCCUCUUCAAGCAGCGCAGGGUCAAAGGGUGGUGGCCCUUUUUCGUCAAGAAGGAAAACGACGAAAUGGAUCUGACGGGCAAAGUAGAAGCGGAGCUGCACCUUCUGACGAAGGAGGAAGCCGAGAAGAAUCCCGCCGGCCUCGGCAGAAAUGAACCAGACCCCCUUGACAAACCAAAUCGUCCUGACUCGUCGUUCAUCUGGUUCCUGAACCCGCUCAAGUCUAUCCGCUACAUAAUCUGGCACCAAUACAAGUGGGUCAUCAUCAAGGCUAUCUUAGUCAUCAUGGUCGCCCUUUUGCUGGUGCUCUUCUUUUACUCUUUGCCCGGCUACACUGUGAAGCGCAUCCUCGGGGCAUAACUCUUCUUCAUCAGUCACUGUCCCCUCUUCUCUCUCUAUGUAUCCGCCACCAAUCCUACCGCAUGUGCAGCGUUAUUUUUCCUAAUUGCAGUUUGGUUACCGACUAGAUACAAGUUAGGAAGGUUAAAGGAUCAGUGAAAUCAAUCAAAUUAACUGAGCGAUCUAUAAUGAGAGAGCAUGCGAAAUAUUUUCGCUGAAGGUUGUCUUGUCAUUAUGCAAUUCGAUUUACAAAAAUGCCUAAAAAAGCGGCUGUGUGCCAAGCGAUGUGGUGUAAGGAGGUAGAGCUCGAUCUGCUGCCGUGACGUAUGGGUGCUGUGUGACGUAGGAGGCACGGCCCGUGCAGGUCACCUGCGCUCGUCGUGCUUGCACAGGAGCCAGUUUUAUUCGUUGCAGAACAUUCUGGAGAAAAAAGAAUUGGGCCACUUGAGUUCUCCUUUGAGAUGGAACACAGACAGCAUACAAGGUAGACGGCUGCCCUCACAGGAGAGAUCAUCACUGCCCUAAAUUCCCUGUAUUGUCCGUCUUUCUUGUAUUGCCCAUCUCUUUCAAGUAACGACUGAAAAUUACAAACAAAAUAUAUUAGGAAAAAAUUAGUGCAUCGGAAGAUUUUAAUAAAGGGAGCUCUGAAAACAUGAAGGCCACUUGCGCUAUUCCUUUGAGCCUAUUCCUUCCUAUAUAAAACUACUUAUUAACACAAUACGUCAUUCCGCUCCCUGUUUAGAAUACCGAACCCUGCGUAAAGCCCCAACCCCCGGCUGAUCUAGGUUGAGUGUGAGCUGCAGGGAGCUCUAGGUAUUUAUUUGUCUUGUUCUUACUCUGCAGUACUUGCGACAGCGUUUCAUUUUUUAUCUUUUGGGUACGGCUGCUUUGAAAACAACCAACAAUUUAUAGUGGGAUUGUGGCCUAGUCAAGCCCAUUUGGGCUUUUAGCUACUCUUCCAUUUGAAAGAGGAAAGAUUGAACUGAAUUGAAAUUGCAGGCAGAGACAAUAGUGUAUAGAGCCCUUUGCAAGAUAAAGAUACUGUGAUACAGCGUCGCAGCACGAUAACAUGGUGUUACGUAUCAAGGUAGUUAUAAUUGAUGUUACAAAACGUUCAAUUCUUUGAACUCAUGUUUUCAGAUAGGCUUUGAUAUGGUGGUUAUCUUGUUCUUUGAUGGUUUUCUCUGCGAUUAUCAAGUAACAACAGUAGUCGUCUAGUAAAUACAGCCACAUGGAGAUGUAGAGUAUUCCAUAUUUUCGAUUAACGUCUCACAUAUUCUUCUAUAUGGGUGCUACCUACUUAAUACGUAUUUCCGAUGCCUCAACGAUUAUAAGGAACUUACCUGUGCAGAACGAGUACACGAACUAUCGUUCUAAUUCAUCGAUAGGCUGAAGGGAUAUCGCUGAAUAUUUUCGUUACAUCAAUUUGUGCCAGACACUCUCCAUCCUGCAUGAAUUACGUGUGUAACAUAUAUGUAUUAUAGCACUCCUUUUUUUUUGCCAUGUAGAAGUUACAAACCGCGACCUGUACAUAACUACACUUUCACAUGCUGACAUAUUUCACGUACAUUAUGCAUCACCUGAAGGUGCUGGAAGCGCUUAAAAGCGGUAAAAGCUUAUUGGUAUUGGUAAUAAUAAUAAUGAUAAUAAUACUAACGAUAAUGGUAGAAAAACACGGUUUAUCCUAUGUGGUUCAGGCAAGGUUAGGGUUUUUGAAGAUCUGGUCACAUGUGGCCAUAUCACCUAUGUGGACACAGUUUUAGUGCAUCGUAGGCUAUCGUCUUCGCGUACGUAACGGGUAACGUUGGCUGUUCUGCGCACGCGCAGACCAUAGAUAGCAUCGCGCAAUGCGCAGAACCACCACGCAGAACCCUGCAUCCCUAGGAUACACCAAACAACAACAAUAAUUAUAUUCUGACGGUCAAGUGGGGACGUUUUUCACUCUAGGAGUGGAAUGCUAGGAUACACUAAAACUCAAUAUGACAAUAUGCGUUUUUGAUCUGAACGGUGUUUACUUCUCGCUCCGCUCGGAGUCCGAACGUGAGCGUACAACGCUCAGCCGGGAGCUAGGCUUCCCCUCUGCUCGUUGACCUACUAACCUGAAUGCGUUUGCAGGUCUGCGAAGUCAUGAUGUCCACCGCCAGCGCCAUGGGCGCUCGCUUGACGCGGUGGUUUUACGCGAAGCAGCGCGAUAGUAGAACUAGAAACAAUGCUGUUGUCGUGUAACACCCUAUCUACGUUUACAUGGAUAGGUAUGUCGACUGAAGUCCCAAGUCGGCUAAUCGUUAAGGUCGACUGGCGACGGUUUACAUGACUGUCGAAUAAGGCACCGUGGAGCUCUGCAGGAUUCAGUCGACUGAUCCUCGACGAAAGCGCCACCCUCAUCUUUGAAUUGUAUCCGUGAAGUUUAGAUGCAUUACACACAACUUUGUUAUCUCUUCUUGUUAUCUCGUGAAUUCUUUUACUUCUCAAAUACUUUUGCAGCCUUUCGGUACGCCAUUCUUUUCAUAAUCUGACAAGCCGUCACUUGUAUACCUUUCGGCAUUCCGGAAAUCUGUGCCGCCAGCUAUUCUUCUUCCUCUUCCGUCUCAGUUUACGAGGUAGAAUUUCGUCGACAUUUAUCGUCUGAACUAUCCAAGUCGAGUGACCUUUACUCUGUCGACUUCUCUUUUAAGUCGAUAUAGGCCGUUUUACAUGCAGAUGAUAGACCAACAUAUUCGAGAAUGCGUUUGUGAUCGUCUUUGUAUUCCUUGUCUCGGGGUUUAAUCAUUUUCAUCGACUUAUUCGGUCAGGUCGACUUGUGUCGCCUUCAUGUAAACGCAGCAGCAGCAGCAGAAGAAGAAAAAAAAAGUGAUUAUUUCCUUGUUUUAUUUAGAAGCAAUACAUGAUUGCUCACUAGUUAUUCUUUUUUUUUUUCGCGCGUGCGUGUAGUUUCAGCUAUCCUCCCAGGCAGUGUUGUACCGGUUACCUAAAUAUCGUAUCGCGAUACCGAUACUUGUUACUUGAGUAAAAAGUAUCGAAAUGCCGAUAUCGAUACUUCUUUUUUAAAGCAACGGGGUACCGCUACCGUAACUAUAAAAAAACAACGCGAUACUUUCCCGAUACUUAGAAAUCUCGAUGUUGAUGUCGACAAAAAAAAUAAUAAUAAGAGAAACCUCGCUUGCGAAACACCCCAUUUGUAUAAAAGCAAAUUGCGAGGAGACAGUUUUGCAGUAAAAAGACAGCAUAUUUAUUACGUAGCUCGGACACUUUGCUUGACAUUUAGCAAUAGCUGGUUCUCAAAGUCUUCUCCUGCCAUCUUAGCGGGGGUGUUCUCUCCGGCAGCUGACAGAGGCCAAUACUAUUACAAUUGCGUUAGUGUCAGGCCCGCACAUACCGUGGAGUCCAUGACCAAGGAAACCUAUCCGAAGUUACACAAUACCACAGUAUAUGUGAGCGUGACUCAGUGCGACACUGCAGCUUAGCGGUGGAACCCAGAGCGCACUGUCAAGGACUUGACCUCUGUUCGUUGACCUCAGCUCUUUUGUUCAGCGCAGGGUGGUAAUUUCCUCCAGGUUCGAAGAAAAAAGUGAACAUGUGUGUGGUAUAAUUCCCGUUACAGAGCACGUAGGCGUCUCGAGAGGCUUGUUGUCGAGCGCUAGGCGAACCAGUGACAACGCAUAAGAGUAAGAAGUAUGGUCGGCGAAGGAAGAGUGGGGCAGGGAUGGGCAUAAAUACAUUUUUUAGUAUUUAAAUAUAAAUACAAAAUACCUUGUUAAAAGGGGUAUUUAAAUACUCUUCAUAAAUACUUGUUUCAAUAUGAGUAUUUAAAUACAAAAUAUAAAUACAGUAUUUAAAUACCGUAACUACUACCAUAAAUACUGUGAGGAAAAUAUCCUCUGGCAUUACAGAAAUAAGGAUGAUGAUCACAACAAAUCAGCAACGGACGAUAACAUUUAUUUGUUAGAUUAUCAUGGCGAUUGUAAUAUUAGAAGUUUCUCGAAGACUGCAUCUUUUAGGCAUCUUCUGUUCGGCCGAACAAUCAGAUUCGUAAAGGAGAACAGCAUCUCCACAUGUGCCGAUGAACAAAUGCUUGAAUUAAAUUUGACGAAGAUGCUUCGUACAACAAGGUAAUUGGGUAGUCGCGACCGUUGUUCGCAACAACAGUGAAAAACUUGCCAUCUAAAAUGGUUUGUUGCAUGCGGAUGCUAGCGCAAACACAGCAUAACUGCGCCCUAAACUUGCCCUUCUUCCCGACAGGUCAAAUGCAACGCAACUUUAAGAUAUGAGUCAGUAUAUACUGUAUUUAGGAGUAUUUAUAAAGUAUUGACAAGAAUAAAUACCCGAAAAUGGGUAUUUAAAUAUAAUUAUAAAUACAUUUUUCGAGUCUGUAUUUAAAUAAAAAAUAUAAAUACAUGUAUUUAUAUUUUAAAUAGUGUUUUAAUUACAAUGUAUUCAAAUACUGCCCAUCCCUGGCGUGGAGCACUAAAAAGGUAUCGGUAUCGGUAACGAUGCGGAGAUCGCGUUGCCGUGAAUUUGUAAAGGAAAUACUUUUCUGAUGCCGAUUUUAAAAGGUAUCGCGAUCCGCCUUCCGAUACCGAAAAAAAGUAUCGAUUACCGAAACGGCGUUACGUACAACACUGUUACCAGGUGCCGUCGUCGCGGGCCUCCGCUCAAGAGUGCGAUUCGCCCGAACUGAACCCCAAGCGGAGCGAGAUGUUAACAUGUUCAACCGAACUCUACAAUAUCUCCGACAAUGUUAAAUGGAGCUGCGUGUUAUAGGAGAAGCACUUUAAAACUACAUCUGUGCUUCACUAACGAGCAGAAUUCUAGAGUUUAUUUUCUAUUCUGUAACGUUAUGAACUACACAUUCCGAAGCUCCAUUUCCGAUCAUUUUUUUUCUUUAACAAAUCAAUCAAUAAAUCAAUCUAUUUCGGAUCGGCACUUGAUUUACACUUUCUUUUUCUUACAUCUAAAUGCAUUGUGUACACAUUAUUUGUAGGCUUGAAGAUGAUCAGGCUAAAUACACGAACUGGAUAAAAAAAAAGAAAAAGGCCUCAUUAUACGGUUGCAUAACCUUUCUGUUACACAUAUUGUAACGUAUACCAACUGUACCAUGUGCAAUUGCCCCAACAAGCCGUAGUCCAGUGCUUUUUCUCAGACUACCGAUGUUAACGCGUACAAUCACAGUAGUGUGUAGUAUAUGUAAAUACUGCUAUAGCAUUAUCAACAGUGUGUAAAUAAUAUUGUUGUUCAUUAACUAAAUUGCUCGUGCUUUUUACAUCCAACUUCACGUACGGCGAACCUCUUUUUUUAGCCCCUGUCAAUAUUUUUUUUUUUACUCUAGAGUAAUAGAUAUGGAAUAAACAAAUUUGGAGUUUAAAUUUCAGCCUUAAUGUAAUCAAAUGUUCAUAUUCCUGUCGCAAAUAUAAGAAUACAAAAUAUAUAUAUACAUAUAUAUUUUCAGCUAUUUAUAGUUAUAGUUAUAUAUGAAGAUAUAUAUAUGGCUGUAGCAUAGCAUGUUGCAUGACCAAGUUGGAUCAGCCAAAUUUUUAUGCUCAAUGCGCACUACCUUUUCAAGGUGCAGUGUGUUAGAACUUGGUUCAUAGCGUAGAAACGCACGAAGAAUAAAAUAGUUAUUCUACUAAUUCUAAUGAAGGCCUGAGAUUUAAUGUGCAAAUUGAAAAGUGCUAUCUGAGCGGAACGUGUGACUUGGAUGCUGGUCAGAAAUGUAAGAAGUGGGUAUAACAAUUUCCUUCUAUCGAUUAAUACAACUAUGUCUCCCCUGAAAACUGUUCUCCAUGCAAGCAAUUUCUUUUUCCUGCAUGUAUGACUACACGAUAGUGGCGGUAGAAUCCGAUGCACAAUGUUUUAUUUAUUUGUUUCCAUGUGACCUUCUAGUGUACCACGCUUUACAACUUGCUAACGAGACUCGAAUUACGCCCAUUACCCACGAAUUAAUAUGUGUCGCGCAGUGGCGUAAUCUGUAACUAAAUGUAUAUUCUUGUAACAACCAUCACCCUGAGUCGCGUAGACUUGUAAAUGUGUAUGCCCAUGUAAAAUAAAAGUUACAGCAUCAAAAAUUCA